GAGCGCGGAAGUGACGCACCAAAGUAAAUAAUGCGCUUUUGCUGCAUUUGAUAAUGGUGAAAAGUGCAUAAAAUCCGCGGCUUUUAACUCACGUUUCACUGCUACAGCGUCGAGCGUGGACACACAAUAGGCAGCACGGUCUAACAAUGUUCACAGACAUGGACUACGAGCUGGAAGAAGACAAGCUUGGAAUACCAACUGUACCAGGGACAGUCAGCCUCCAGAAAGAUGCCAACAACCUUAUUGGAAUAAGCAUUGGGGGAGGGGCGCAGUACUGUCCUUGUCUCUACAUCGUGCAGGUCUUUGAUAACACACCUGCUGCUCUGGAGGGCACACUGGCUGCAGGUGACGAAAUUACAGGCGUUAAUGGCAAACCAGUGAAAGGAAAGACAAAAGUGGAGGUGGCCAAAAUGAUUCAAGCUGUCCAGGGAGAAGCAGUUAUUCAUUAUAAUAAAUUGCAAGCGGAUCCAAAGCAAGGGAAAUCUCUCGAUAUAGUUCUGAAAAAAGUAAAGCAUCGCCUUGUUGAGAAUAUGAGCUCCGGCACAGCAGAUGCUCUUGGUCUUAGUAGAGCUAUUUUAUGCAACGAUGGCUUGGUGAAAAGAUUAGAAGAACUAGAAAAGACAGCUGAACUCUACAAAGGACUUAUGGAACACACAAAGAGACUCCUGAGAGCUUUUUUUGAGCUUUCUCAAACUCAUAGAGCCUUUGGUGAUGUUUUCUCUGUCAUCGGUGUUCGGGAGCCACAGGCAGCCGCUAGUGAGGCAUUUGUAAAGUUUGCAGAUGCUCACCGCAGCAUUGAAAAAUCUGGUAUUCAGCUUCUAAAGACUAUCAAACCUAUGCUCCAUGACCUCAACACGUACCUUCACAAAGCCAUUCCAGACACGAAGCUUACUAUCAGAAAGUAUCUAGAUGUGAAGUUUGAAUAUUUGUCUUAUUGUCUGAAGGUCAAAGAAAUGGAUGAUGAAGAAUAUAGCAGCAUAGCCAUGGGUGAACCGCUGUACAGAGUUAGCACCGGCAACUAUGAGUAUCGCUUGAUUCUCAGAUGUCGCCAAGAAGCUCGUGCCCGCUUUGCAAAAAUGAGGAAAGAUGUUUUGGAGAAAAUAGAGCUGCUUGAUCAGAAGCACGUCCAGGACAUUGUGUUCCAGCUGCAGCGUUUUGUUUCGAGCAUGUCCCACUACUACGACGAGUGUUACGCAGAGCUGAAGGAGGCGGAUGUGUUCCCCAUUGAGGUGGACCUGUCACGCACCAUGAUGAACUACAGCAGCCAGUCCUUCUCCUACACAGACGAGGAUGACGAGGAGCAGGGGGUCGGUGGUGAAGAGGUGCAAGGAACAAGCACAGUCCAACAGGCGGAGAACGGUGCAGAGAAGCUGAUUGAUGAUGACUAAGUGUGUGGUUAAAACCAACCAGUUUUCACUUUUUAAACUGGCAAACAAUCAAAUAGCAUCAGGUCCAGGUCACAUGGUUAUUUCACUUUGGAUUUAGGUCAGUUGCGACUAAAUGCAAAAUAUUUAAUUUAUCUGAACUGUGCAGAAUACUGUAUACAUGAGAUGUGCCUUCUAUCCCUGAUGAGGAGGUGGCCACUGUUGGAUUGUUUGUAUUGUUAAUGAAAUUACAUUUUCCAGUACUAUGCUACUGAUGUGUCAACAACUAAUCUUAUAUUUACAUAUUUUAACUUAUGCUUUUUGAUUUAUUUAAUAGAUUUCACUAUAGCUUUACAUUUACAUUCUGUAAAUUGUUAUACAGAUACAGAUUUGUGUGAGCUUUAUUGUAAUAUAUUUUAUGUUUUUGUUGUGUGUUAAAUGGCAUCCAAAUUGUCCCACUAUACAAUGUA